AUGAAAAAUCAAUAACUCUAAAAAGACUUAGAAGCAUUUCAAAAAUAACUUAAAUUAGCAUUACCAUAAAUAAUCAAUUAAGCUACAAAAGAUAUUUGUCAUUCUUAAUACUUUGAAAGUCUAUUUAAAGAAUCUAAACCUAAUAAUAUCCAAGAAUUAUAUUCUCAAAGUCUUCUUAGAUUAGAUCCUCAUAUAUCCAGAUAAUAACCACAAUUAGAAGAUGAUAUCUAAAUAAUUAAUGAUUUUAUCCAUAUAUAUUUUGAAACUCAUUUUUCUACUUUAUAGAAAAUGAUGUUACUUGAAAGAGAAGUGAAAAUUUAAAUGGAAUUAGAAGAUAUCUAAACAAUAGCAAAUAAAGAAAGUAAGUAAUAAUUCUAAUAAUUAACUUAAUUAGAAAUAGAUUAAAAUAAAGUUUUAGAAUAUGAUACUGCAAAUAUGAAAGAAAUUUGUCUUAGAUUAAAGAAAAAAUAUUACAAAAUACCUACAUAACCUAUUUGUGAUAAUUGUUUUUGUGGUAAUUAAUUACAUUACAAUUAAAUUGUUUAAUGUUAAUUAUGUGAUAAAUACUAUCAUGUUAAUUGUUUAGACAAAAGUUAUGAUGAAAGAUAUGUUGAUAAUUUUACAUGUCCAAGAUGUACUCUUUAUAAUAUGGAUUAAUUCUGUGAAGUUAUAUCAACUCUUGUUGAUCCAUGUCCAUUUAAAAAAAAUGGUUUAACUAAUUCUAAACUAGUUAGAUUUAAAACUGAUUGUGAAAUGGUUGACAUAAGAUGUAUUAGGCUUGAUUCUCCUUAAGCUGCAUAAGAAAUUACUUGGCCAGAUUUAGGAGAAAUUUAAUUAAAUGGUAAAAAAGUAUUUGAUUUUGUUCCAUUAAGUUAAUAAAGCUGUUUACAUAAAAGAAAAGAUGAAAAACUUUUUUGCUCAAUUCCUAAAAAUGAAGAAUGCACUCUUAUAUUUAAAGAAACUAUACCAGGAAUUGAUUAAAAAAGAAAGUUUAGAAUUAUUGGUGAAUAACUCUAUUAUUUUGCAAUUUAUAAAACAAAAUAAUACACAGCUAAAUAAUUAAUUGAUAAAAUCAUUGAUAAUCCUUAAAAUUGGAUGAGUUUAGAAUAAUCACGAGAUUUUGUCAUUCUCUAAAUCAAUUAUAGUCCUGCCAUUAAAAUAAUUAAAUUGCAUAUAUCUUUAUUAUGUUGUUUUAGUUCUUCUCUAAUGUUAACUCCAGUUAGAGGAAUCUAUUGUACUCAUGUUUAAUGUUUUUCUUUAGAAAGUUAUAUACUAAUGUUAGAUUAAUAGCUACCAAGAAAAUGGAGAUGUCCAAUUUGUAAAGCUAAAAUAUUUAAAUUAUAAAUUGAUGCACUUUAAUAUACAAUUUUAAAAUCAAUCAGAUAAUUAGGUUUAUAAGAAAAGUAUUCCUGUAUAUCAUUUGAUUUUUAAGGAAAUAUUUUAGAUGAAGUAAUUUCUAAAUCUAUUGAUUUCAAUACAAUUCCUGAGAAUGCAAAAUAAAAUUAUAAUAGAAUACCAUAAUUAGAAAAAUUAAGUACUCCUAAUAUUGAUAAUGAAGAUUUUGAGAUUUAAAGUAAUUCAAAAUUAAACAAUCAUAAAUCUAUUGUUAUANAACAAUAGCAAAUAAAGAAAGUAAGUAAUAAUUCUAAUAAUUAACUUAAUUAGAAAUAGAUUAAAAUAAAGUUUUAGAAUAUGAUACUGCAAAUAUGAAAGAAAUUUGUCUUAGAUUAAAGAAAAAAUAUUACAAAAUACCUACAUAACCUAUUUGUGAUAAUUGUUUUUGUGGUAAUUAAUUACAUUACAAUUAAAUUGUUUAAUGUUAAUUAUGUGAUAAAUACUAUCAUGUUAAUUGUUUAGACAAAAGUUAUGAUGAAAGAUAUGUUGAUAAUUUUACAUGUCCAAGAUGUACUCUUUAUAAUAUGGAUUAAUUCUGUGAAGUUAUAUCAACUCUUGUUGAUCCAUGUCCAUUUAAAAAAAAUGGUUUAACUAAUUCUAAACUAGUUAGAUUUAAAACUGAUUGUGAAAUGGUUGACAUAAGAUGUAUUAGGCUUGAUUCUCCUUAAGCUGCAUAAGAAAUUACUUGGCCAGAUUUAGGAGAAAUUUAAUUAAAUGGUAAAAAAGUAUUUGAUUUUGUUCCAUUAAGUUAAUAAAGCUGUUUACAUAAAAGAAAAGAUGAAAAACUUUUUUGCUCAAUUCCUAAAAAUGAAGAAUGCACUCUUAUAUUUAAAGAAACUAUACCAGGAAUUGAUUAAAAAAGAAAGUUUAGAAUUAUUGGUGAAUAACUCUAUUAUUUUGCAAUUUAUAAAACAAAAUAAUACACAGCUAAAUAAUUAAUUGAUAAAAUCAUUGAUAAUCCUUAAAAUUGGAUGAGUUUAGAAUAAUCACGAGAUUUUGUCAUUCUCUAAAUCAAUUAUAGUCCUGCCAUUAAAAUAAUUAAAUUGCAUAUAUCUUUAUUAUGUUGUUUUAGUUCUUCUCUAAUGUUAACUCCAGUUAGAGGAAUCUAUUGUACUCAUGUUUAAUGUUUUUCUUUAGAAAGUUAUAUACUAAUGUUAGAUUAAUAGCUACCAAGAAAAUGGAGAUGUCCAAUUUGUAAAGCUAAAAUAUUUAAAUUAUAAAUUGAUGCACUUUAAUAUACAAUUUUAAAAUCAAUCAGAUAAUUAGGUUUAUAAGAAAAGUAUUCCUGUAUAUCAUUUGAUUUUUAAGGAAAUAUUUUAGAUGAAGUAAUUUCUAAAUCUAUUGAUUUCAAUACAAUUCCUGAGAAUGCAAAAUAAAAUUAUAAUAGAAUACCAUAAUUAGAAAAAUUAAGUACUCCUAAUAUUGAUAAUGAAGAUUUUGAGAUUUAAAGUAAUUCAAAAUUAAACAAUCAUAAAUCUAUUGUUAUAGAAUGA